AUGGUCAGCAGUAUAGAAGUAACUAUACCUCAGCCUGUCUACGAGGUUGCCAGAGAUGACAAUAUCACCCUGCCUUGCUCUUUCAAGCCAAAAUCUCCGGUAACAAAAACCACCAACGUUAUUGUUAGCUGGAGUGCUAGUCCUGAUCUCGAAGAUGACCCUGAGAGUUUGAGACUGUUAGUUCCAUCGCUCAUCACAACACACUAUCACUCUCUGACAUCCUCUCUGGAUGUGAAGUCAGAGUAUGAAGGCAGGGUGACACUGGAUCAUGACAUAACCAGAGGAAAGAUCAACUUGAAGCUCCAGAAAGUCAGUAUGCGGGACACCCGAUUACAUGAGUGCAAGGUCCAGAUCCCCUUGGAUGAUGAAGGCAACCCGUCUGACACCACUGAUCUGGUGGUUCUGGUGGCUCCAUCCAAACCCAUCUGCAAGAUCCAAGGCACUGCUGAGUAUGGCAACAACGUCAACUUGACCUGUUUUUCAGAGGAGGGCUCUCCAAAACCCAUAUACAAGUGGAAGAACUAUGAUACAAACAAUAAUCCACUGCCAAGCCUCCCCCUAAAGGCCACAGAAAAAGAUGGAGUUUUGUCCCUGUUCAAUAUCUCCAGGGAAACCUCUGGCUAUUUCAUCUGCACAUCGACCAAUAAAAUUCGCUCUGCAUCAUGUAACGUGACCUUGUCUGUCAUGCCACGAUCGUUGAUGAGCACAGCCACCACUGCCAUCAUAGCCUCAGUUGGUGCGAUUGCAGUUUUGAUUCUUGCCGUCAUUAUUUACUGCUGCUGCUGCAGGAAAAAGAAGAAUAAGGGCGAGGAGUAUGCUAUGGGAGAACAAGAGGAUGUUGAGUACACUGAUAAAGAACACCACGAGAAUGGUGACGGUUAUGUCGACAGGCACGACCGCCAAGAUGAGCGCAGUGAGAAAGAGAGAGACUACAGUGACCGCCGCAGUGACUACCAUGAUCAGCGAAGCGAUUAUGAUGAUCGACGCAGUGACUACAACGAUCGGCGAAGUGAUUACGAUGACAGACGCAGUGACCAUGAUGACCGGCGGGAUCGCUACCCUGAUCGACGGGACGAUUAUGACGACAGGCGAGAGAGGUACGACGACCGCCGAGAUCACUAUGAUGAUCGCUACGAUGACCGCCGCGACAGAUACGAUGACCGUCGCGACAACCGCCGUGAUCGCCAUGACAACCGUCGCGAUCGCUAUGAUGAUCGCUAUGACGAUCCUGACAGGCCGCCAAGUGUUCCACCCAACAAACCCUCUCCAGGAGAGUACAGAGACUAG